AUGAAUAUCCCACCAGGCUUCCCCCACCAACCGCCCCAGCCUGCACCUUCACAAGAGAAUGAGCUCAAGGCAAUGCAAAAGCAACUACUUCAAGGGCAAGCUGAUGGGGUAGUGGACACAAGCAAGAAGCUAGCUGAAAUAAACUCUAAGAUCGAGAACCUCAACACAAGGGUUUACUCUCUGGAGAAUCAUGCUUCUUCUGUUGCUGCUGCUACAAAGCAAGGACAACUACCUGGUAAAGCUAUUCAGAACCCCAAGGAACAGUGCAAGGUCAUCUUCACUCAAGAAGGACUUGUUGAAAAAGAGGAUCAAGAAAGGGUCAUUGAAGAUUUUUGUUUACUGCUGAAUGAUGAAGAGAUUGUUGCUGCUGAGGCCCCUGGAGUCCAGAUUGAUCAACCAGAAGUGCAUGCGCCUGCUGUGGCCAUUCACACUUCACCAACUCUAGCUUCAUUUCAUGCGCCUGCAUUUCAUGCGCCUGCAUGCGCCUGCAUUUCAUUUCUGCUUCAGUUAGGUUGUUAG